UCUUAGCCGUCAGGAGGGCCAUGCCGAGGCUACGGGUUUGAGGAGGCUGGUGGUCGGCUCCUUGGGCAGGCGAAAGGCGACCUCAAUCUUCCCUGGCUUUCACCAUGAGUCCGGCGUGAGCUCAGCCGAUAGCACAGGCGUCUCCAUGGUGCAGGACAGCGGCAUGUCACGCACACCUUACAGCUCCAGCCAAGACAUCCAAAUGGAGGUCUUAGACAACCCUGGCCUCCAGGGGAAGUAUAGCAAAAGGAAGAACCGCUUCAAACGCUCUGAUGGCAGCACCUCUUCUGACACAACGUCAAACAGCUUCGUUAGGCAGGGUUCUGCUGAGUCCUAUACCAGUCGCCCAUCUGAUUCUGAUGUGUCCCUGGAGGAAGACCGUGAAGCCCUGCGCAAAGAAGCAGAGCGUCAAGCAUUGGCACAGCUGGAGAAAGCCAAGACCAAGCCGGUAGCAUUUGCUGUGAGGACAAAUGUGGGCUAUAAUCCUUCUCCCAAUGAUGAUGUGCCAGUCCAAGGCAUGUCUAUUUGUUUUGAACCCAAAGACUUCCUUCAUAUCAAAGAGAAAUAUAACAAUGAUUGGUGGAUCGGACGUCUGGUCAAAGAGGGUUGUGAAGUGGGCUUCAUCCCAAGCCCAGUCAAACUAGAGAACAUGAGGGUACAACAGGAAUUUAAGAUGAGACAACAUCGGCUCAGUUCUAGUAAAUCAGGAGACAACUCCACUUCCAGCCUGGGAGAUGUGGUGACAGGUCCCCGGAGACCCACCCCACCUGCUAGUGCCAAGCAGAAGCAAAAAUCGACAGAGCAUGUGCCACCAUAUGAUGUAGUUCCUUCUAUGCGGCCAAUCAUUCUUGUAGGCCCGUCUUUGAAAGGAUAUGAGGUGACAGACAUGAUGCAGAAAGCCUUGUUUGAUUUCUUGAAACGCCGAUUUGAUGGCAGAAUAUCCAUCACACGUGUGACUGCUGAUAUCUCUCUGGCUAAGCGCUCAGUCCUCAACAAUCCUAGCAAACACACCAUCAUUGAGCGCUCCAGUACCCGUUCAAGUCUGGCUGAAGUGCAGAGCGAGAUAGAGCGCAUCUUUGAAUUGGCUCGAACAUUACAACUGGUUGCCUUGGAUGCAGACACCAUUAAUCAUCCAGCUCAACUCUCCAAGACCUCAUUAGCACCUAUUAUUGUCUACAUCAAGAUAUCUUCCCCAAAGGUGCUGCAAAGGUUGGUGAAAUCUAGAGGUAAAUCCCAGGCCAAGCACUUGAAUGUGCAAAUGGUGGCAUCAGACAAGUUGGCACAAUGUCCCCCAGAAAUGUUUGACAUCAUUCUGGAUGAAAACCAAUUGGAAGAUGCUUGUGAACACCUGGCUGAGUACCUAGAAGCCUACUGGAAGGCCACCCAUCCUCCUAGCAGUAAUCCACCCAAUCCAUUGCUAACCCGCACCAUGGCAACUGCUGCCUUGGCUGCGAGCCCUGCCCCUGUCUCCAACCUCCAGGGACCCUAUUUGGUGCAUGGGGAGGAGCCUCAUGACCCCGAGCAUCCUGGCCUCCACAGCUACACAGGGCAGCCAGUGGGGCAUGGCCAGAUCCGUUCAAUGGUGCCUCCUUCUCACUUGGCUGCCCGAGGCCUUUCCCGACAAGACACCUUUGAUUCAGAGAUGCCAGGCAGUCGUGAUUCUGCUUACACCGAUCCAACGGAUUCCUGCAUGGACAUUGAAACUGACCCUUAUGAGGAGCCGGAGCUUCCUUGCCUGAGUCACCGCCAAGGCGCCUGGGAGGCUGAAGAACCUGAGCCUCAUCACUUCCAGGGCCGCGGUCAUCGUCCCCUCCAGUGCCAAGGCUCCCUGGAAGCCGAGGAGCCUGACCGACAAAACCAUAAUCGGUCUCUGCGUGGGCGGGGCAAAGGGAGGGAACGCUACUGCCAGGAAGAGGAAGAGGUGGAGGUUCUAGGUCAUAACCAAAACAAUAUGGAAGACUGGGGGCGUGAUGCUUAUAUCCGUUAAGGCCUCAAGGGUGGGUUUUUAUCCACCUAGAGAGAAGCUUGUUUCCACUCAGACCUUUGGGUGUGGCAGCUGAGAGCCACUGAGGGCAGAGGCUGUUCCUAAAAGAUUGGCCUUCAGCCCUACAGGAAGAGCUUGAUGGCUGUAGUGUUUGCACCCCCAAAGCCACACCAUUAUUGACCAGGCCUGUAACUCAACAUCCUUCCUUGUCUGGGGACUCCCUCCAUCCCCCCUCUGCCAUUUGUGCCAACAACUUCUUUAACAUCCUCUCCCUGCCAGCAGCACUGCCUGGGCUUUCCCACAAGAUCAUGAAGAAUCACACUGUCCUUAAAUGCUUCUUUAUACUUCAGGGCUGGAAGGGUGGGGACAGAGUCUCUGAGGACAGGGAGAAGAUUGGUCUCCGCUGGUGCCUCAAAUUACCCCAAAUGUUGGGGGAAUGGCUGGAGUGGACAGUGACUAUAGACUGGAUCUUCUAAAGUCCUUUGUUCCUGUCUCCAGCCAAAGCCAAACAGCUUCUUGAGGAAGAUGGCUUCCUUUCCUCUUUCAGUUCAAACUGUCAUAGAUCUCUUCCUGCUAUCUUAUGGUGCUGCAACCAGCCCACCACUGUGGGGGAAAGGGAGAAAAAGAUAACUUUCAAUUUUUCUCCCAAGAUUUGUUCAUUGCCAGAUCUUUUCCAGUGCCUAGAAAAGAAUUACAACACAAAUCACCUUAAAUCAGCCUUCUCCAUUUUGGCAACCUCCAGGCCUGUUGCGAUAACUGCAUAAUUCCCAGCCAGCACAUCUGGAAGUUAUCAUGUUGGAGAAGGCUACCUUAAAUACUUCAGCCCUCCAGUGCCUCUGCUCAGGGCCCUUCUGUUCGUAUUUUGCAUGCUGAACAGAUUCUGAUCAUACAGAAUGCAUGCAUGUACGUGUGGUAUGUGCCAUGUGCCUGGCAGAGAGAAAGUCUUUGACAUCCCUGUAAAUUGUUGUCUGGCUCUUAGUACUGAUUUUGGAAAACUCUUUCUAGCAUGUGUGAUAGCCCGGCCUGAGGUAUUAGGCAGAUAAAAGGCAGGCCAGCUCUCUCACUCCCUAGAGCCCACAAGGAGGCAAUGCUAGCUUUCUCCUUUGCCUUUGUUGCAGGAAAUGCCUUCUUUUGUGGAAAGCCUGCCUGUUGACCCAUCCUGCUAUUGCUUCUUUCUUCCUGAGGAUUUUUUUUUCCUUGUAGAACUUGGGAAACUAGCUUGUCUUCCUCUUCUGAUAAUGUGCUAGAUAAGUUUAAACAAACAUAGGCCUCCAUGGGAGAAAACAGAAAUAAGAGGAAUUGGGAUAGGUCAAGUUGGAGUCCUAAUCUGUUACUAUUAAUUACUCAUGUGCAGGUCCAGAAACAUACUGGAUCUAAGGGAAGUCCAGCGAUGAUCAUCAAGGCAAAACAUGUUAACUAUAUCCAUAGUGGGAAAUUUGUAGCUGCUUGCUCAUACCAUUAUCAGUUACGCUGUGAUAGACUCUCUCUUACCCAGACCAAUGUUUAAAGAAUGUAAAUUUUUGGGUCCAAACUACUUCCUGCCUCUAGUCCCCAGGAUCUUCCUUUAAAAGGAUUUUAACAGGUAAGAAUUGUGACUUCAUGGACAGAUCCAUGUGGUUUACUUGGCAACAAUAUAGAGGUAAUUUAUUAUUGUUGCCCUCUAAGUAGUUUUAAUCAACUUUGCUUAACUUUUCUUGAAAUCAGCUAGAUUCUGUACUUACUUACACUUAAAAGGAUUGAUCUUUACUAAGAUUUAUUAUCGUGGCAUGGAACUGUAAGUAACCAUUGUUAUUUCUAAAUAACACAGGGAUCUCAGGAGUUUCCCUUCCCUCCCCUAUACAGGGCGGGGCAUAACCUUUUCCUAGGGGGUCAC